CGGAGAAACGAACCGUGACGUUGUUGAGACUCGACCCGGAACAGGACGCUCCUCCGCCGGCUGCUCUCUGCUGACUGUCCCCGGAACUGGAGGCUCCUCCGCCGGCUGCUCUCUGCUGACUGUCCCCGGAACAGAGCUCCGUGUUGUCGGAGCCGCUGUGUGAUGAAGAACCGGAGACCGUGAACCGGAACCGGCCACACACCGAGUGAUUGACGGUGAUGGAUGCAGAGGGCGGGGAGCAGUUCCUCGGCGGCGGCGGCGGCAUGGCGGCAGACAGCUGGCAGCUCGAUGCUCCGUUCUGCUCCGACCUGGUGUUCUGCGGCUCAGAGAAACCCCUGCAGGACUGGGCGGUGGACCCCGACUGUGCGACCGUGAAUCACGACAGCGAAUCAGAGGACGUGCUCUACGGCGUCGACCCAAACGAGGUGUUCGGCAGCGGACGGGCCGCAGACCCCUCGUCCGAGAGCGACAGCGGCAUCUCUGAGGAUCCUGUCGCCGAGAGCCGUGUCGCCGUGGUGACUGGGGCGACCACCACGCCGAUCCCUGCAACCGUGUACCAGGUGGUUUACGACAUCAGCGGGCUGGGAGCUGUGAAGGUGGAACCUGGACAAGAGAAUGUGAUCUCCAUCGAGCUCGAUGAGUGGAGCUCCCAGGUGUUGUUUUCAGACUCGUGCAUCGUGAACGAGCUGCCCGUGGUCGCCGCAUCUCGCCUCGGCGGCCUGGCUUUCAUGGAUCCUCCCAGCUCUGACGACGGCCUGUUGUAUUCGGAACUUCAGCUGACGGAGGAGGAGCAGAAGCUGCUGAACCAGGAAGGAAUCUCUCUGCCCAACAACCUUCCUCUCACCAAGGCAGAGGAAAGAGUCCUGAAGAAAGUUCGGAGGAAAAUCCGCAACAAGCAGUCGGCUCAGGACAGCCGCCGCAGGAGGAAGGAGUACAUCGACGGACUGGAGGGCAGGGCGGCAGCGUGCUCGGCUCAGAACAAGGAGCUGCAGAGGACAGUGGAGCAGCUGGAGAAACGAAACAUAUCUCUUCUGACCCAACUUCGACAACUCCAGUCUCUGAUCAAACAGACGGUCAGUAAGGGAGCCCAGACCAGCACCUGCUUACUGAUCAUCCUCGUCUCUCUCGGUCUCAUCAUCUUGCCGAGUUUCAGUCCGUUCCGUCGUCACGCGUCUGGGGACGACGACUACAGACCGAUAGGAGUUAUUUCCAGAAACAUCCUGACAGACCCCUCCUCCUCCUCCUCCUCCUCCUCCUCCUCCUCCCAGUCGGUGGAAGGUGGGAUCGAGAGUCCGGCGGCUCAGUCCGACUCCUCGUCACCACCUUCUGCUCUCAGCCAAUCAGGGCGCCCGGAGGGAGCUGCGCUUGUCCCCCAAGAACCAAUAGAAAACCCUGAAAAUGGGGAUGUUGAUGGCACAGCCCAGGAGGGGGAACCAAAAGGGAACAGCUCGGCUCUUGUUGCGGAGCCGACUGCGGCGAGAAGAAGAAGCCGUGACGCGGUCAAACCGGCGCACGCCGACGAGAUGUAGACAAACUUUCAUGCUUCCUUCACGUCUGAUGUCGAGCUCGUGGAAGUUUUGUUGGAACGAAUUCAUGACGGCUGAAGGCGACUGUGUUACGCUUUGUUACAAGCUGUAAAAACAUAACCAGCAGGGGGCGCUCUGAUCAGUUGAUUAGCAUCAGAUGAUAUCUGUUGGAAAAGGUCUGAUGGGAAACAAUGAGACAAACAUGGCCGCCCGGGUACUGCUCAGGAAUAGUUUGUACGUUUUGACAAGAAGAACGACGCCGCUCUGUAUCGUGAAUAUGACGUAAGAGCCCGGAGACUGUUGACUUAGCAUGAAUAGCGGAAACUGGAAACCGCUAGCCUGUAUUUUUCCAACAAUAACAAUAGAAAACAACACGUUGAAUCUCACGUUUUGCCUUCGGAUCAUCUACACGACGAGUUUAAAGACGGUGAUUCUGUUUUCCUGUUUUACCUUGUUACACAGCGCCCUCUGCUGGGUCUCUCCAGCACUGCAGGAUUCUAUGGCUGAAAAAUCUCCAGACGAUUUAACGACCUAACUUCGCUUUGGCUUUUUUAUGAAAAAUGUUGAAUAUUUUGGAUGUGAAUUUGUAAUUAUUCUCCGUUUUAAUUGUUUAAAAAAAAAGAAGAGUUAAAGUUGAACGAGUUUAUCGUUAUCAGGCUUCACGAAGUGGAUUCAAUUAUUUAUUUUGUUCCAUUAACAUGAUGAAAAAGUUUAAUUAGCGUGUAAAUGGUGUUUUCUUAUGAAUUGAUCCAUUAAUGUUGGAAGAAAAUCUUUUUUUUCUGUCUGUUAAAAACAUUUUCAAAAGAAAAAUGUUCUAAACAUUAAUUAACUUCACGUCAUAACUGUCAUAGAUAUGAAUGGUUAGAUGUAAGAAUUAAAGAACGUCAUGGUCUGGUUUUCUGAAUCUGUUCUGAAACAUUUACACAAAUUAAAUCAAAGUUUUUUUAAUCUGA